AUGGGUGUUCCGGCGCUCUUUCGCUGGCUCAGCAAGAAAUACCCCAAGAUCAUCACUCCGGUCGUGGAGGAGCAGCCACAGGAGGUGGAAAACCCAGAUGGUACUACAACCAAAAUUCCCGUGGACGCGCGGGGGCCAAAUCCCAACCAUGAAGAGUUCGACAAUCUCUAUCUCGACAUGAACGGGAUCGUUCACCCGUGCUCGCAUCCUGAGGACAGGGAGCCGCCGGCCAACGAGGAAGAGAUGAUGAUUGCCGUCUUUGAAUACACCGAGCGCGUGGUCAACAUGGUCCGCCCGCGCAAGCUGCUGAUGAUUGCUGUCGAUGGCGUUGCGCCUCGCGCAAAGAUGAACCAGCAGCGGAGUAGGCGUUUCCGCAGUGCUCAGGACGCCGCCGAGAAGGAUGCGGCGGCGGCCGAGCUCCACGCGCAGAUGCUUGCCAGAGGUGAGCGUACCCAGAGCGGCGGUGGUGAAGAUGCCAAGCCUAAGAAGACUUGGGAUUCAAACUCCAUCACGCCCGGCACGCCCUUCAUGGACCUGUUGGCCGCCAGCUUGCGAUACUGGGUCAGCUACAAGCUUACUACCGACCCGGCGUGGGAGAAGAUGAAGGUCAUAAUUUCUGACGCUACUGUUCCCGGUGAAGGUGAGCAUAAGAUCAUGAACUUUGUCAGGUCGCAGCGCAGUUCGCCAGACCACGACCCCAACACAAGGUAAGCUUCGCCCACUUUUUGUCUCUUUGCCGCUUCUGCUUCUGCUUUCGCUGGACCUCCGCGCAAGAUGCACAUGGUUCUAGGAUUUUGCUAACCUGCACAGUCACGUUAUCUACGGCCUCGACGCAGACUUAAUCAUGUUGGGUAUUGCCACCCACGAGCCUCAUUUCCGCGUUCUUCGAGAAGACGUUUUCGCGUCGGACACCAAACCUGGAGCAUGUAGGAAGUGCGGACAGUUGGGUCACAUUGCCGUGAACUGCCAGGGCAAAGCGAAGCCUAAGCCCGGAGAAGAAGGCUUUGAGAAGCCGCCGUUGAAGCCGUUCAUUUGGCUGCACGUCGGGAUCUUACGAGAGUAUCUCGCGGUGGAAAUGAGCGUACCCAACCAAGGCUUUCAAUUCGACUUGGAGAGAGCAUUGGAUGAUUGGGUUUUCAUGUGUUUCUUCGUCGGUAAUGACUUCUUGCCGCAUCUGCCAUCCUUGGACAUUCGUGAGGAUGGUAUCGAUACUCUGAUCGCGAUCUGGCGGGACAACAUACCCGUGAUGGGCGGAUAUGUGACCAAAGACGGACAUGUUGAUCUCGCGCGUGCGCAGAUGAUUCUUGAGGGCUUGGCGAAGCAAGAAGAUGCCAUCUUUAGGAGGCGACGAGAAACUGAGUUGAGGGAGACAGAAAAGCGAAAGCAGCGUGAACAAAAUCGGAGGCACUCGAACAAGCGGCCCCGAUACUCCAACGGUGGUGAGCCGACUGGCUACGACGAGACGCUCGUUCGAAGAGGAGCGCGAGGUGGUAUCAUAAGAGGCGAGGCUGCGCCAGAUCCGAGCCAGCUACAGACAUUUGCUCCAGGCGCCGCACAGACAAAACAGGAUCCACGAUACGCUGCAAGUCUCACGCAUCAAGAUGUUGUAGGGGGAAAAGCCAGCCAGGAUAACAAGUCAGCUGCCGCAGCUCUUAAGGAGAAGCUGAUGGGCAGCAAGAAGCCGGCGGACAAUCAGAAGGCUGAGCUCGAUGCACUCUUUGCAAACGGCGGCAACGGCGACGCUGCGCCGAUACUUGGGAAGCGAACUCGCGACGUGAUUGACGAUGCUGCAGCAGACGAAGCCAGCUCAGAUCCGUCUACCCCUGGUCGCAAUACACCCAACAAAGAAAUUUCCAACCCCUGGGACCGUGGCACGUCAGGCCAGCUAGGCGGCAACUCGUCUACUGAUGAAAAGGGCGAACCAGAAGACUCCGUGAAAAUGUGGGAGGAAGGCUAUCAAGGCCGGUACUACGAACAAAAGUUCCAUGUCUCGCCUGACGACCUCGAGUUUCGACACAAAGUUGCUCGACACUACGUCGAGGGUUUGUGCUGGGUACUGCUAUACUACUUUCAGGGCUGCCCAUCGUGGACUUGGUACUAUCCUUACCAUUACGCGCCUUUCGCGGCCGACUUCAAGGACAUGGACAAGCAAGUUGUCAACUUUGACAAAGGGAAGCCCUUCCAUCCCUACGAGCAGCUUAUGGGUGUGAUGCCGCCGGCAUCCAAUCACACUCUUCCCGCUGUCUUCCACCCUCUCAUGACCGACGAGGAUAGUCCAAUUAAGGAGUUCUACCCUCUGGAAUUUGAGAUCGACAUGAACGGUAAGAAGAUGUCCUGGCAAGGUAUUGCACUAUUGCCUUUCAUCGACGAAAAGAAGCUGUUGGAAGCCAUGGCCACCAAGUACCCGCUCUUGACGGAGGAUGAAAAUCGACGAAACGCGUUUGGCGAGGAAGCACUCAUAUUCAGCACUAAACACCCACUCUACAGCGAAGUCGUCGCCAAUUUUUACGGCAAGAAGGCUGGUGCGCCUAAAUUCAAGAUCAAUGCGACCAUGUCUGAGGGCCUGUCAGGGAAGGCAUCGAAAGACCACUCCUACAGUCCGAAUGGGGAGCUUUCCUUCCCGCUAGAAGGUGGCGAACAGGACCAAUACACGAGUCUUGACGUUGACGAGAGUGUCAAGGUAUCGUACCACAUGCCUCAGCUCAGCAGCAUACAUAAGUCGAUGCUUCUACCGGGUGUGAAGUUCUCUGCUCCUGUGCUGGAUUACAACGACAUUCAGACAACUCGAAACCGAGCUCAGAAGUCAGGACGCAGCCAUGGUGGUGUACAGCUGUCGCAGAAUGGUGACCGGUCAGACGGCCGUCAGAUGAACUUUGCUGCGCGUGACAAUGUUGACAGCUACCGACCAGAGAACAGAAAUGGCGGCUACGGAAACGGCUACGGUGCUAACGGAGGGUAUGGCAGAGGCGAUGCCUUCUCUAGCAGAGCAGCAGAUGUCUUUGCCAACCUACCACCGCAUCUCGCACAGCAAGCCGCCCAGCAUGGAUUCCCGCCGCCAGGAGGUUAUCAACCACCUGCUCAGUCUCGGGCCCCACCACCAAUGCCCCAAGGAUACCCACCGUCGCGCGACGAUCUUUAUCGACCUCCCCACCCUCCACCGCCGCAUCAGAACGGAUACGGCUCUGGGGGCGGGUAUGGCGGAGGCUACGGUGGUGACGGCCACAGAGGGAGUGGAGGUUACGGAGGCGGCAGCUACGGAGGAGGCCGCGCAGGAGGAGGAGGAGGAGGUGGAUAUGGUGGAUUGAACGGAUACCAAGGCGGCCGCGGCGGAGGAGGCCGUGGCGGACGACGCUAUUGA